AUACACUGCAGCUGGCAUAGUUGUCUGGGGAAAAUGGUCUAAAUAUUUGCAUGCUAAUGCUGGGAUCACAGAGUUUACUAAAAGCAUGUCUAUUCCUAAGUGACAUUCUGACCCCUCUCCCUUGUCACGGAUCCCAGGAAGAGUUUCUCUGACGUUUCCGUUUGGGAAACAUUGCCUUCGUUGAAAACACUUCGAAGGGAGAUGAGGCGGGGAGGGAGGCGAUGGCCGUGAAACAGGUUAUUUGUGAACCUGUUGAACACUGCUAGGAGCCCAAUGACACCCCAGGUUCUUAAUGAUGCCCAUGGGAAGUUUCGGUCCCAUCUGUCCACUUAAAAAACAGCAGUCCUCAGCUAGAGAAAGAGAAUUACGCCACAUGCAGACUGUCCAACCGCCAUUCUGACACCGAAGAGAUGAGGCGUCUGAGAAAAUCAACCGAUCCCUCAGAAAGCGCCCUUCACGGAUGGCCAAAGCAGGAUUCUGGUCCCAGGAUCCAAACGCACAGCUGGCCUGUUGUAGGAGAUUCUCUCCGAGUCUCUCUCACCCCUUCUCCUUCUCUCACCUGGCCUGUUCUAGGGAGACUCUCUCUGACUGUGUGUGUGUGUCGCUGACUCUCUUUCUCUCUCUGUCCCUCUGCCUGUCUCCCAAUCCCUCUGUAGGUCUGAGUCUCUCGCUCCUUCUGCGCGUCUCUUCCACCCCCGUCGUCUCUCGGUCUCUGUCUCUCCCUCGUCUCUCACGCUCUCUCUGUCUUUCUUUGAGGCUCUCUCCCACUCGCUUUUCUCUGUCUCAGUCUCUGUCGGACUGUCUCACGCGCGUUCUUUCUCCGGAGCAGUUCCUGCCGUCUGGUCCCCAGCGCGCCGCCUCCUUUGCUCAGCCCUGGAAACGCAGCGCGACGCUUGGAACCGAAGGGUUAAGACCACCGAGAGGAGCCGACCUCCGCAGGCUAGAGAGGCCUCAUCGGGAAAGGCGGGGCCUGCGGGCGCGGCCUGCGUCACAGGGAAGGGACGCUUUAGAGAAGUUGGGCCUUGGUUCACUGCCGCCGCUGCGGUGCGAGCCGGAAGGGAGGCAGUGGCGGGUUUGUCCGCCCGAGCGGGCGGCGGAGGGCGUCUUGGCCUGCGCGGUCCAGCUCGGCUCCGCGGAGAGCCGGCGUCACGGCCGUCCUCCCAGCAGCGGACCGCGGCGGCCCGGCGCGACCUCUGCAGCGUGGGUCCGGACGCGGCGAUGCACUUAUCGAGGCCUUGGGAAGAGAUUCCUGGCCGCGGAGGAAUGUAUUUGUUAUGGAGUGAAUUAGUGCUCUCACCACGGCCAUGAGACCGUCACCAGAACCCAAGCAGAUGCUGGUGCCAUACGCUUGGAUCUCUGAACCAUGUACCAAAAUAAACUUCUUUUCUUCAUAAAUUACAGUCUGGGUUAUUUUGUUACUACAGCAGAAUGGAUUAAGACGUACAACAUAUCCCACACUGAUA